CGGCCAUCCUUCGAAAUUUCUCUCCCCCUUUUGACAGACAGAUACUGAUGGCUGCUAACAACAAGGCUCUCACUGCUAAGAAGGCUGCCCUUAAGGGUACCCAGGGUAAGGCCCAGCGCAAGGUCCGCACCACCACCACCUUCCACUUGCCCAAGACUCUCCGACUUGCUCGUGUCCCCAAGUACUCCCGCAAGUCUAUUCCCCAUGCUCCCCGCAUGGAUCAAUACCGCGUCAUUCGUCAGCCUCUUAACACCGAGACUGCCAUGAAGAAGCUCGAAGAUGAUAACACCCUCGUCUUCCUUGUUGAUGUCAAGGCCAACAAGAGACAGAUCAAGGAUGCUGUCAAGAAGCUCUACGACGUUGAGGCUGCCAAGAUCAACACUUUGAUCAGACCCGAUGGUCAAAAGAAGGCAUAUGUCCGCUUGACCGCUGAUGCUGAUGCUCUUGAUGUUGCCAACAAGAUUGGCUUCAUCUAAAGGUUGAUUCGAAGUUAUGUCGGCAGUGGGCCAUCAAUAAAAUAAAAACUUGUGAUAUAUUAAGUCAUUUAGGGGUCAUC